AUGUCGUUGACAGGCAAAACGGAGGAGGAAGAGUACAACGUGGCUGUUGAAUCCUAUGACGAGGAUGAUGGUCGUCAAGAGAAGGAUGCACUCCCGGAUGCUCCAGAAAAGCAAUUACCCGAAGAGUAUGCCAUCGACAACUUUCUACGGCCUCUGAUCGUCGACGAUGCGAAGCUGUACCAGCUGGCUUGUCGCUUCUCCAAGGUCUACAGCGAACUUGCAAAAACCUCUGAUCAACAAUUUCUACCAACGCCUGUCACGCAGCUGCCCACUGGCCAAGAAACGGGUCGUUAUUUAGCAAUUGACGUGGGGGGAAGCAAUCUGAGGGUCGCCUUUAUCGACUUAUUGGGAGAGGCAGCCGACCAGAGUGAUAGCGGCUCCGAUGGUGAAAAGUCGCGCGAGACAAUACGUAAAGCUCAGCGUCAUCGAGUUCGGAGAACGUUGGAGAAAGCGUGGCCGAUAGGAGAACAUUUGAAGACCGACAAGGCGGAAGAUCUUUUUCUAUGGAUAGGAGAUUGCAUGGCAGAGGUCGUCGCUGACAGUCUGGCCGUGGAGUUUUCAAACGGGCUUGAAAUGCCAGAAGAAUUGGAGAUGGGCAUUACCUUCAGCUUUCCGAUGAUGCAGGAGUCGUUAUCCGAAGCUACCCUGAUGCCUAUGGGUAAAGGAUUCAAAUGGGUAAAUUCGGCAGACCUCAACCUAGGGAAGAUAUUAUUAGCGGGAUAUGACAGGCACACUAGGCGGCCAUAUGGAUUUGAUGAGCCAUCAGCGAAACGGAGAAGGUUAUUUGCCUUGCCAAAAUUAAAAAUCGCUGCAAUCACGAAUGACACCGUUGCCACUCUAGCCUCUCUCGCUUAUUUGGUUAAAUCCCUACCGAAUAGCCGCGUUGCCAUGGGCAUCAUCGUUGGUACAGGCUGCAAUGCAACCAUUCCCAUGAAAUUAUCAGAUUUACAUGAAUCAAAAGCCGCACAUGUAUCAUCACGGCAUCCCGAUGCAAUCGAAACAAUUGUCAAUACUGAAUGGACAAUAAACGGAGCCGCUCCGCCCUUACGAGAACUGCAGAUCACAACCAAGUGGGAUUCAAUGCUGGACGACCAAUGUGCUCGCCCAGGAUUCCAGCCAUUUGAAUAUAUGACGGGAGGCCGCUAUAUUGGUGAACUAGUCAGGUUGAUCUUUUACGAUUACUUAACAUCGGUGAUUGGCCUGUCGAGUAAAGCUCUUCCUGCAAAUUUAGUGCAAGGAUACGCAUUGAGCACGACAUAUCUUUCUUCUGUGGUUGCACCUACACCGUCCGAUUCCGUCCUAGUUGCGAAGCUGAAGACCACCCUACCACCACCGGAAUCUAGUAGCUGGAACUGGGACAUAGCUACGGCGCGAGCUUUUCGACAAGUUGCCCGAGUUGUGCAGACUCGAUCCGCAGGGCUGAUAGCCUCAGCGGUAGUCGGAUUACUGGCUUGCAAAGAUGAGAUCAAGCUCCGUCAUGAUGGGGCCACUAAUCCACGGAGAGCUUCCAACAUCAUAGUCCCAGAAUUCAACGCUUCCACGGAUACACUUACAGACAUUUAUCGACCAACACCACCUAACGCCGCAAACAAUAUGUCUGAUAACAAACCUUCUGUUGUUGAGUCUGAGGGGUGGCAAUCCGGACCAGAAGAAUUAGUGGUUGCAUAUACCGGCGGGAUUAUUCAACAUUAUCCCCAUUUCAAAGAAACGUGUCAGCGAUAUAUUGACCGAUUGGUGAUUUGGGAUGGACCCCAAGAAAGCGGUAAGUCCGUAUUUCUGAGAGAAGCCUCUGAUGGGGGGAUUAUUGGUGCGGGUGUCUUAGCGGGCAUGGUAUCGAGCAAUUAA